AUGACAGUUAGUGGGAGCCCGUCUGGUUGGUGCGUUGGUAAUCACAGUAGCCCAGCUAUUAAUUUGAGAUGUUGUACUCCUAAUUUGGGUCCUUUUGAUCGUUGUAAUGACCAUUAUCAUAUUAAAGCAUUUUUUAAUUACUAUUCUUUGAAAGUAGAAAUGAUUGGUUUAUCUGUAUCAGGAGGAGCUGCUGGUGGGUUUGGAGGAGCUCCAACUGGUGGUGGACCAGGAGGAUUUGGAGGCGCUGCUGCGGCAGGAGCAGCUGGUGGUGGACCAGGAGGAUUUGGAGGCGCUGCUGCGGCAGGAGCAGCUGGCGGUGGAGGAUUUGGAGGAGCUGCUGCGGCAGGAGCAGCUGGCGGUGGAGGAUUUGGAGGAGCUGCUGCGGCAGGAGCCGCUGGCGGUGGAGGAGUUGGAGAAGCCGCUGCGGCUGGAGCAGCUGGCGGUGGAGGAUUUGGAGAAGCCGCUGCUGCUGCAGCUGCUGGUGGAUCAGGCGGAGGUGCUGGUGCUGCUGGCCUAGGAAUAGGAGGUAUCGGUCCUGGAGUUUAUACGCAUUUUUAUUUUGCGAAAGGUCCUGCAGGAAUGUUUCUACCUGGAGGGCCCGAUUUUGGUGGACAUCAUGGAAGACCUGCACAUGGAAUGGGCGGUCAUGGAUGGCCAGGUUUGGGUAUUGCUGUUGGUGGACCUGCAAUGUUUGUACCUGGAGGACCAGAUUUAGGUGCUCCUGUUAUGCCUUUAGGACCAGGACCAGGACCAGCACCUGCAAUGUUUGUACCUGGUCCCCCACCUUUUGGUGCUCCUUUUGUGCAUAUAGGACCAGUACCAGUACCUGUUGUACCUAUUGCUGGAGGUCCAGGUUUAGGAGGUGAGGCACUUGCAUCCUUAAAAGUUUGCAAUUUUCGAGAACAAGAUACUGGGCCUGCUGCUGGAGGUCCAGGGUUUGGAGCUGUGCCUACUGCUGGAGAUGCAGAGUUUGGAGCUGUCCCUACUGCUGGAGGUCCCGGUUUAGGAGAUGCACCUAUGGUUGGAGGCCCAGGAGAUGGGGGUGCUCCUGAAACUGGAAAACGAGUUGGAACAGAUACAGCUGGAACAGCCCCUAGUGUGCCAGAAGUUGCAGAUGAAUUUGGAUAUAUAGUGGAAGAAGUGUAUUGGGAGGAGAUUGUUGAGGAAGAACUCAAGCGUAGGAGAAGGAGUCUUGACAGUAACUUAAAUUCCAGUAAAGAUUUAUUUAUUAUAUUUUAUGAUGUACAUUGA